GGCACGGCGGCCAUGGCAGCGGCCGGGACUGGCGGGGACCAGGAGCGGCGUGGGGCGCAGGGUCGGGUCCUGUACUUCUGCGGCAGCAUCCGCGGAGGUCGCCAAGACCAGGCGCUGUAUGCGCGCAUCGUGUCGCGGCUGCGGCGCUUCGGGGUGGUGCUCACCGAGCACGUGGCAGCGGCCGAGCUGGACGAGCACGGAGAGGAGCCCCCAGGGAUGGACAGACACAUCCAUGACCGGGACCUGGCCUGGCUGCAGCAGGCAGACGCGGUGGUGGCAGAGGUGACACAGCCUUCCCUGGGGGUUGGCUAUGAGCUGGGCCGGGCCAUGGCCCUCAACAAGCCAGUGCUGUGCCUCUUCCGCCCACAGUCUGGCCGAGUGCUUUCUGCCAUGAUUCGGGGGGCUGCAGAUGGCUCAAGGUUCCAGGUGUGGGAUUAUGACGAGGGACAGCUGGAGGCACUGCUGGACCGGUACUUCGAGGCUGACACCUCUGAGCAGGGGGCUGCAGCUGGUGAUCAGGAGACCAGCUAAGUCACUGCCUCAGACCCUUCCCACUCCUGCCAAGGCCCAAAGUGAAUUAAAAGGUUCACUUAAAAUUC